UACAAAACAAAAACAAAAAACAAAAUUUUAUCGKUUUCUAAGUAAAAUUUUGACACGAUUUACGAAAGAAACGAAACGUUGUAGCGCAUUCGUGGUGACCAUGGAGUUUGCACGCAUCAUUGUAAACAUUAUAUAGAAUUUACUGUCUAAAAUCGUUUAAUUGGUGCGAUUUUGCAGUGUAUUUUAUGCGUUAACCUGAUAUAACGAUGCAAUGUAUUAUUGACUUUCAGAAAAUGUCAAAAAUGUCUCUAACGAUUGUUAUGACAGUAUAAAUAGACACAUGACAUUCUGGAAGAACAUCAUUGGCCAUUGAAGCUGUACAAACACGUCCGUGAAGCUGUCUACUUAAUAUUGUUGUUCCUCGCCUGAAUGAGCUUACUAAAGAGUGUCCCGACAAAAUGAGCUCGCUUAACACGAUUCAUCAAGUGAUUUUAACCGCUGCCUUCUUUGUUGUGACCAACACCUUUGCAGAGGAAUAUAAAUAUGGGACUAAAACGCCGUAURCUCCAGCAGGAAACCUCCAAGCGCUGCAGUCACCMAUCGACUGYAGACCCGUGCAACUCAAUAUGGUAAUUCGCCAUGGAUCAMGAUUCCCAAGUUCUGGCAGCAAAGAACAAAUAGAUUCUCUGCUCAAGAAAAUUAACAAAGUUCACAGCUCCUUCAUGUACAAGAAUAUCACYCUACCAUGGAAGCUACCAUUAAUUUACAGCUUUGCCGAAGGGUCAGAGCUCUCUCCAACCGGAGAACUUGAGCUGUAUUCAUUAGCAAAGCGCUUCCGUUCUCGGUUUCCAAGUAUAUUUCAGAACAUGUACUGGAAUCGAUUUUACAAGUUUAUAUCGACUGCUAAAGAGAGAACAGCGAGGUCGGCAGCGGCGUUUAGUUAUGGACUCUUCGAAGGAAUAGGUCGUCUCGGCAAUGCAAGCUACCAGCCUAUUCCUAUUUCAUUUUCAGGUCCAAAAGAUAACGAUAAGCUUUUGAGGUAUUAUGACGCCUGCCCCAGAUAUAAGAAGGAAAUUGAGGAUGGGUCUGGACUAGACGAAUGGARGACGUUUGGUAAAAGUCCAGAAAUGAAGCAGUUGAUAGCUACUAUUGAGGAAAGACUGAAGAUCAAAGAUAAAGUGAGUCUAUCAGCUGAAGACGUGUUAGAGUUAUUCAUGAUUUGCGCAUUCUCAACCCUGAACAAAGAAAGCCGCGAAUGGUGCWCACUGUUCACCAAUGAAGACAUUAACGUUCUCAAUUACUGGAUAGACCUUGAGAACUUUUACUCCCAUUCCUAUGGCAACCCUUUCAGCUACAAGACCAGUUGUCCCYUAUUGGCUGACAUUACCAAAAGUAUUUUGAAUUAUGCCAACAAAAGCAUGCCGUUUGGAGUGUUCAGAUUCGGACACAGUGGCACAGUACUGGCGUUGAUGACCUUACUUGAGUUGUACAAAGARCCCGUGACGCUCUAUAGCAGUCAAUAUCGUCAAAAUGGAAAUCGCGUUUUCUACAUGUACAAAAUGAUCCCCAUGGCAGCGAAUAUUGCCUUUGUGUUGAACAAAUGCAGCGGCAAUGAGUACAAAGUUCAAGUUUUGAUGAAUGAGAAAUUGAUGAGUUUGCCGUGUUGUGUACGACAAGGUCAAACUACAUGCAGCUURAAGACCUUCAAGUCUUGUUUUGAACACAAGGAUUGUGACUUUGACGGCAUGUGCAAAGUAUCAUCAGCUAUUUUUGAGUAUGGCUCAAGAUGGUGGUUCAUAAUGACGGUGUUUGUGGCACUUAAUGCUUUGCAUUAGACUAUAUGCGACUAAAAUGUCAACACAACCUUUGUUUAAGAGGCCAAAUCCGGGCCAGAAAGUCGCCCUAAAUCGCUGCAACUUAAGGCGACUUAAGAAAAAAUGAGGGUAAAUUGGGCGUAGCACUGUGGCAGCUUAAGGAACCUUAAGGAAAUUUGGAUUAUAAUUAGGUGGGGUCCCAUGGCGACUUAAGGCGAUUUAUGGUAACUUUCUKGCCCGGAGUAAGCCAGCACAUACACCUAAAACGUUGUCGGUGAGAAAGGUGUACGGCGAUUGUCGAAGGGAGAUUGCACGACCGAAAAGGACUAUUGUUACGCCUUUUUGACGAAAAAUAUUUCAUUUGUUGGAUUCAACUUGCAUAGAAAUGGAGGCUAAAUGGAGCCAAUGUUCACCACAGACCAUCUUACAGCACAAAUCAGUUGUUAUUUCUUAUCAAUAAGCAAAACCCAUAGCACUUUCGGUCGUGCAAUCGCCGUUCGACAAUUGACAUUCGCCAUUUUAUCCGACAACCUUUUUUGAAAUAGGUAUACAUCAUUUUUUCGCGCAGCUACCUCAACAGGGAAUCGGACGAAUUCAAAUUGUGGUUUAUAAUGCGAGAGCCUACGUAGCACUCAGUUGAUGCAAUAUAUUCAUAAAGAUAUAAUACAAAACACAUAAUACAAUAGAACGAGAAACAAUGGAAUACAAUACAUUUUAUGAAUACAUUACAUCAACUGCGUGCUACGUAGGUCUCCCCGGUUUAUAAUGACACUUAUUGUUGUAUUCUAAACUCCAUAUUGGUUUGUAUAUACACGUAUACAGUUUUAACUACU